AUGGAAAGGAAUCUUAAGAAUGUUUUGGUCAUUUCUUUUGGAUUUUUAUUUCUCUUUACUGCUUACUCAGGACUCCAGAGUCUACAGAGCAGUCUCAAUGCUGAAGAAGGCCUGGGUGUUGCUUCCCUAAGUGUUCUGUAUGCUGCGCUCACCUUAUCCUCCAUGUUCCUGCCUCCAAUCAUCAUCAAGAAGCUGGGCUGCAAGUGGACCAUUGCAGUCUCUAUGUGCUGCUAUGUCACCUACUCCUUAGGGAACUUCUAUGCUAGCUGGUACACACUUAUCCCUACCUCUAUGAUCCUGGGCUUAGGAGGAGCACCACUCUGGUCUGCCAAAUGCACUUACCUCACUAUUGCUGGCACUUUGUAUGCUGAGAAAGCAGGAAAAAAUGCUAAAGACAUUAUCAGCCAAUACUUUGGGAUCUUCUUUCUGGUGUUUCAGACUUCCGGCAUCUGGGGAAAUCUUAUCUCAUCCUUGAUACUUAGCCAAUCUUCCAACCAAGGGGAGAUCUCAGAAGAAGACCUGGAAUGCUGUGGAGCAUAUGACUGCCUGACUGAUACCACUAACAGCACUGGGUCAGAAAGACCCUCCAACUCCUUAAUCUACACACUGGUAGGGGUCUAUACUGCUAGUGGUGUGCUAGCUGUGUUGCUGGUUAUUAUAUUUCUGGACCAGAUCAAAUCUAACCAAGCAGAGACUGAGAAAGAAAAAUCAUCCUUUUGGUCUACAUUCUUAGCAACUUUCUGGCAUCUUAAAGAUAAAAGACAGUGUCUUCUCAUCCCUCUGACAAUGUACAGUGGGUUUGAGCAGGCAUUUCUUACUGGUGACUACUCAAAGAGUUUUAUGACAUGUGCCCUGGGGAUACACUAUGUUGGCUAUAUGAUGAUCUGCUUUGCAGGUAUAAAUUCCCUCUGCUCUCUGCUCUUCGGAAAGAUCUCCCAGUUCACAGGUAGAAAACUUCUAUUUUCAUUAGCUGCAGUUCUGAACACAAGCUGUAUAAUAACAGUACUGCUCUGGAAACCUGAUCCCAAGCAGCUUGCUGUGUUUUUUGUAAUCCCUGGUCUUUGGGGCAUAUCUGAUGCUGUUUGGCAAACACAAACUAAUGCACUUUAUGGCAUUUUAUUUGAGAAGAACAAGGAGGCUGCCUUUGCAAAUUACCGUCUGUGGGAAUCAGUUGGAUUUGUCAUCGCCUUUGCUUACAGCACCAAAUUGCAAGUCUACAUCAAAACCUACAUUGUACUGUCUGUGCUUGUGCUGUCCAUGGUGACCUAUGGAGUGGUGGAAUACCUGGAGGCUAAGAGCUCCCCUGGGACACCUGCUGCUACAAAGAAGGAAAAUGGAGGACCCCACUCCCAGGAAACACACAUGUAA